AGAAACCCUUUGCGGGAGCUGUAGCGGCGAUUUCCGGCUUGCCGAAGAAAGUUAAGCAGGAGUGGUCUUCAGGUUCUGGGUUUUGAAAAAUGGACAAUAAGGGAAGGAAAGUGGUGGUUUGUGACAAUGGAACCGGGUUUGUGAAGUGUGGCUAUGCUGGCUCCAAUUUCCCCGAGCACAUCUUCCCAGCGCUGGUGGGACGGCCGAUCAUCCGCUCUACCGCCAAAGUGGGCAACAUCGAGAUUAAGAAUAGCAAAAAGAUGGACUUGAUGGUGGGGGAAGAGGCAAGUGAGCUGCGGUCCAUGCUGGAGGUGAACUACCCCAUGGAGAACGGCAUCGUGCGGAACUGGGACGACAUGAAGCACCUGUGGGACUACACAUUCGGGCCCGAGAAGCUCAACAUUGACUCGCGCAACUGCAAGAUCCUCCUCACAGAGCCGCCCAUGAACCCCACCAAGAACAGGGAGAAGAUCAUUGAGGUCAUGUUUGAGACCUAUCAGUUCUCAGGGGUUUACAUUGCAAUCCAGGCAGUGCUGACGCUCUAUGCGCAAGGUCUACUGACCGGUGUGGUUGUGGACUCCGGCGAUGGUGUAACUCACAUCUGCCCCGUUUACGAGGGCUUCUCCCUGCCUCACUUGACCCGGCGGCUGGACAUCGCUGGAAGGGAAACCCGCUACUUGAUCAAGCUGUUGUUGCUGAGGGGCUACGCCUUCAACCACUCGGCCGACUUUGAGACGGUGCGCAUGAUGAAGGAGAAGCUCUGCUACGUGGGCUACAACAUCGAGCAAGAGCAGAAGCUGGCGCUGGAGACCACAGUGCUGGUGGAAUCUUACACGCUCCCUGACGGGAGGGUCAUCAAGGUCGGCGGCGAGAGGUUCGAGGCGCCCGAGGCCCUCUUCCAGCCCCACCUCAUCAACGUAGAGGGUGUGGGUGUGGCCGAGUUGCUCUUCAACACCAUCCAGGCGGCGGACAUCGACACCAGGGCGGAGUUCUACAAACACAUCGUGCUGUCAGGUGGCUCCACUAUGUACCCUGGACUUCCUUCACGGCUGGAGCGUGAGCUAAAGCAGCUCUACUUGGAGCGCGUGCUGAAGGGUGACGUGGACAAGCUGUCGAAAUUCAAGAUCCGAAUCGAGGACCCCCCUCGCCGCAAGCACAUGGUGUUCUUGGGGGGAGCGGUACUGGCUGACAUCAUGAAGGACAAGGACAACUUCUGGCUCACACGAGAGGAGUACCAGGAGAAGGGCGUGCGGGUGCUGGAGAAGCUGGGAGUCACGGUCAGAUAAGCCCUGACCUGCUCCCUCACACCCCCCCCCCCCCCCCCCCCCCCCCCCCACACACACAGAGACACACACGCACACAUACGACACCACCAAUGGUACACCCGUCUGUUUGUGUUCAAUUACUUUUUUUAUAUAUAUAUAUAUAUAUAUAUAAACUGCUUUUUUUUUAUCGCCUAUAGAAUCACUCGUCUGUCAGUUUGAGGUAGUGAGGCCCGGGGGGGGGUUGGAUGAGUUUGGUUCUGUGGGGGUGGAGGGGUGGAGUCCUUGUGAAGGUUUUCCUGGGAAAGUUUCUAUUUUCUGCCACAUAGCCAUUUCUGAAUUCGACCGCCAAACAUUUCACCAUCAUUAUUCCUGGCCUUGCCUGGUCUGAACUGGGCACGCUCGUCAUUCGGCCCCACCCUGCCGUGUGUGUGUGUGCGCGCGUGUGUGUGUGUGCACGUGCGUGUUUUUAAGUCCCAGUCAAGACUUUGACUGUCUCACUAUUAUCAUCGUCAUCAGUCUCCCACUGAGUUCAUGGCAGCCGAGAGUGUAGCAGGGGGCUCGUUAUGAGGGGGGACACACACAACUUAAUCAUUUAAAUGAAGCCAAAUUAAAUAACGGUAGGGGUACACGUGCCCUCCUGCUCCUCCUGCCUCCUAUAGCACUGGCGGCUGCAGGAGGUGUGCAUACUCCACAUGGCCAUCAAUGAGUGGGUGGGCAAGGCUUCGCUGGGGAUUGGGUUUACUUGGCAUUUGGGGUCUGGGGUGUGUGGGUUGCAGGUAGAUUGUGUUUGGGUGGUUGUGGUCAGAGUUAAGGCCGACGCUCACUGGAAUCAACUGGAACCUUUUGGUUUAAAAAAAAAAAAAAAAUCCCAAUUUCCACUCAGGUUAAAAAAAAGUGUCGAUCAAUUGCUGUGAGGACAGUUACUUUUCGUGAAAAGUUUAUUUUUUAAUAGGUGGUGUGGGGAGGGGGGUUUUUUUUUUUUUGGUCAAAUUUUUAUUUUAUCAUUCUGAAUAAUCUGGAGUAGACCUCUAGGAUGUGUCAGUCUGUAUUGUCGUCACCACCAUUUCCACGUGGAGGUUCGCACUGCCGUUUCUAAAUGAUAAUAAAGAGGAUUCGGAAAAAAGGGGGGGGGGUGUGAGGGGGGUGGGCACUCUGCCUUUAUUCUCCACCCCCUCUGAGGUUAAUCAUAGGGCCUUGGGGGUGUAAUGAGCUUAGUGCCAUUGGACGUGGAGAGGUUGUGUAAGCUGGUAUUUACGUUUGGCUCUGAUACACACAGAAGGCCUACAUGUGCGGUAUAUAUAAUCAUUUUUUAUUUCCCUCCACCCCCCCCCCCCCCCCCCCCGAACAUAAAUGUUCAUCCAGUACCAAGGGCAGUUGUUUUCACUGGAGGUUUUAUUUUCCCCCCUCCCUUCCCUGUCAUACCAUAACUGCCUACCACUGAUUUAAAUAAAGCAAAGUGAUUUAUAA